GCUCAGAGCCGGGGGCCAUGUCCCGGCGCUGGGUGCUGGCAGUGCUGUGGCUGACGACGACGCUGGGCUGGCACCCGGCCUCGGGCGACCGCUCCCGGCGCCGCUGGCCCGUGCCCUACAAACGUUUUUCCUUCCGUCCAGAGCCGGAUCCUUAUUGUCAAGCUAAGUAUACCUUCUGUCCCGCUGGCUCACCCAUCCCACUUAUGAAGGACAAGGAUGUCAUUGAAGUGUUAAGACUGCAAGCCCCCGUUUGGGAAUUUAAAUAUGGAGACCUUCUGGGGAACUUGAAAAUUAUGCAUGAUGCCAUCGGGUUCAGGAGUACACUAACUGGCAAGAACUACACGAUGGAAUGGUAUGAGCUUUUCCAGCUUGGCAACUGUACAUUUCCCCACCUUCGGCCUGAGAUGGAUGCCCCUUUCUGGUGUAACCAAGGAGCUGCCUGCUUUUUUGAAGGAAUUGAUGAUAUCCACUGGAAGGAAAAUGGGACAUUGGUUCCAAUAGCGACCAUAUCUGGAAACACAUUUAACAAAAUGGCACAAUGGGUGAAACAGGACAACGAGACAGGGAUUUAUUACGAGACAUGGACUGUCCAAGCUGGCCCAGGAAAAGGAGUGGAGACAUGGUUUGAGUCCUACGACUGUUCAAAAUUUGUGUUAAGGACCUAUGAGAAGUUGGCUGAAUUUGGAGCAGAAUUCAAGAGGACAGAAACCAACUAUACAAGAAUAUUUCUUUUUAGUGGAGAACCUACUUACCUGGGAAAUGAAACAUCUAUUUUUGGACCAAAAGGAAACAAGACUCUUGCUUUAGCCAUAAAAAAAUUUUAUUCUCCUUUCAAACCACAUUUGUCAACUAAACAAUUCCUAUGGAGUCUCUUGCAGAUUUUUGACUCGGUGAUUAUGCACAGGCAGUUCUACCUGUUUUAUAAUUUUGAAUAUUGGUUUCUACCUAUGAGAUUCCCAUUUAUUAAAAUAACAUACGAAGAAAUCCCUUUACCUGCCAGACAUAAGACACGCCCUGGUUCUUAAAACCUUUCUUUCAAUUACCACUCCCCGCCACCAGCACCUGUGUGUCAGGAUGCUCUCACACUUGUGUCUCUCUCUGCCUUUCCUCAUGCCCCGUGGUCAAGUAGCUGCAUUAACAUGUCGGGACUUCUGGAGAGAAGCUGAAACCAUGACUGUACUGGCCAAAGUGAAGACCCGAAGUGCUUUUGAGUCCAAUUUUGCAAGCCCUGGUGACUAUGGAGGAUUUGGGCUGAUCUCAGAAAUGUCAGCUUUGGUUCCAACAGAGACCUUUUCCUGGAGCUGCUUUGUCUGACAGAGUGGCUACACUUUUUCAUUUAAGGGCUCCCAGGUUAACUGACUUUACAGCUAGUGUAACUUUUUUGGUUUUUUUUUUUUUUGUUUU